CCUCUACUCCUCUAGCCCUCCCCCCCUCCCCUUUCCUCCGCUUCUGCUCGACUCUGCACCCCGCGCUCCAAACUCUCCAUGGCUGGGGGCUCGCUAGCAGCUGGAGCCACGCCCAACCGGCUAAAGCGCAAGGCCCCUGCCUCGUCCGCUGCCGCCACCUCCACCUCUGAAGGCGAGGAGGAGGCCAUCGAGGAGGAGAUAGAAGAGUUGGAGAGGGAGGUUGCCGAUCUGGGCCGCCGCAUACUCGACCACCGCCGUGACGCCGCCGCCCGCUUCGCCGAAGACGCAGUCUCCCGCCUCGUCGCCCUCCGUCCCCCGCCCUUCCUGGAAGUUCCAAGUGAACCACAGUCUAUUGCUGGAUGGCAUGCUGGAGCUGAACAACAGAUGCUUGAAAAACUGAAGAUCAUCAAAUCCAAGCUCGAUCCUAAUGUUGCUGUUAUGCACAAGUUACUGAAGAAUUUGAAUGGAUGUGCUGCUCGGAUGGAGAAGCUGGAGCAACUGAAUGUGAAUAUACAUCCUGUUUUCCAAAGAAAACGGUAGCCAUGACUAUGUGUUGUUGUUUGAUGCAUUACGCAGAAGGCUGUGUGCUCACUCAGCAAGUGUACUAUCUGUAACAUGUUGGUGUUUAAAUAUACUGAUUCAGUAGUAUUUAGCAACAGACCAAUUGCUGACACAAGGCAUCCGUAGUUACACUUUGGGUGUGAUGACUUGUUGUCUACAUGUAUUUAAUCAGAAAGCACUGGGUGUAGCUGUUUUCGUGACCACUUCUAUAGACUGUAUUCUUACAUUCUAACCUGUUGCUUCUAACCAUUUCUAUGAAAGAUUACGAAA